GGGAAAUCUGGACUUUUUAUUAUUUUUUUAAAAAAAAAAAUAAAAAAACCCCAACAUGGGUGGAACAGUGACCUGGAGGAGCCGGGAUCGGGUCUUCUUCUCCCUGGCGGUGUUUGUGGGGGUUUUGCUCCCCUUCUCCAGGACCCUGACCUACACGAAUCACUGGGCUGUGCGGAUAAACGGAGGAGUGGAGGAAGCCGACACGAUAGCCUCUAAAUACGGAUAUAACAACUUGGGACAGAUUGGCUCCUUGAAAGACUACUACCACUUUUACCACAGUAGAACGAUGAAAAGGUCAACGAUAUCCAGUCGGGGAUCGCACAGCUUCAUCUCAAUGGAACCAAAGGUAGAAUGGAUUCAGCAGCAGGUGGUAAAAAGAAGGAUCAAGAGAGAUUUUAAGCCUGGUGCUGCUCAAUAUCCUUACUUCAAUGAUCCCAAAUGGCCAAGCAUGUGGUAUAUUCACUGCAACGACGACACUCAUCACUGCCAGUCCGACAUGAAUAUAGUAGGAGCUUGGCGCAGAGGCUACACUGGUCGAAAUGUUGUGGUAACCAUUCUGGAUGAUGGGAUUGAGAGGAAUCACCCUGACUUGCAGCAGAAUUAUGAUCAAAUGGCCAGCUUUGAUGUCAAUGGCAAUGACUGGGAUCCCAUGCCGCGAUACGACGCCAGCAAUGAGAACAAGCACGGAACCCGGUGUGCAGGAGAGGUGGCAGCUGUGGCAAACAAUUCGCACUGCACAAUAGGAGUUGCUUACAAUGCCAAGAUUGGAGGUGUCCGCAUGCUGGACGGAGAUGUCACAGAUAUGGUGGAAGCAAAGUCUCUGAGUCUGCAUCCUCAGCACAUCGAUAUCUACAGUGCCAGUUGGGGACCAGAUGAUGAUGGGAAAACUGUGGAUGGACCAGCUUCCCUUGCGAGACAGGCCUUUGAGAAUGGCAUCCGAAUGGGCCGAAGGGGUUUGGGUUCUAUCUACGUUUGGGCGUCUGGUAAUGGUGGCCGUAGCCGAGACCAUUGCUCCUGUGAUGGCUACACCAACAGCAUCUACACCAUCUCAAUCAGCAGCACAGCAGAGAGCGGCAAGAAACCCUGGUACCUGGAGGAGUGCGCAUCCACCCUCGCAACUACCUACAGCAGUGGAGAGUCUUACGAUCGGAAAAUAAUCACAACUGACCUCAGGCAGCGUUGUACAGACAGCCACACAGGAACCUCAGCCUCAGCACCAAUGGCUGCUGGGAUCAUAGCACUGGCACUGGAAGCAAACCCUAACCUCAGUUGGAGGGACGUGCAGCAUAUUAUUGUGAGGACAUCGCGUUCUGGACAUCUGAAUGCCCCAGACUGGAAGACGAAUGCUGCUGGAUACAGAGUGAGCCACCUGUAUGGAUUUGGAUUAAUGGAUGCUGAAGCGAUGGUGAAAGAAGCAGAGCGCUGGAAAUCGGUCCCACCCCAACAUAUCUGUGUGGAGAGUCCAGACAAGCAGAGCAGAACAAUCCGCCCUGAACACGUUGUGAGAGCCGUGUACAAAGCCACUGGAUGUUCAGAAAACCUCAACCACCACGUUUUGUACCUGGAACACAUUGUUGUCCGAGUUACCAUUGCACACCCUCGCCGAGGUGACCUGGCAAUAUACUUGACCUCUCCGUCUGGAACAAAGUCCGAGCUCCUGUCAAACAGGUUGUUCGAUCAUUCUAUGGAAGGCUUUAAAAGCUGGGAAUUCAUGACUACUCAUUCGUGGGGUGAAAAGGCAGUUGGUGACUGGGUCCUUGAAAUCCAUGACAGUCCGUCCCAGCUUCGGAACUUCAAGACACCAGGAAAACUGAAGGAAUUUUCUCUGGUACUUUAUGGUACAUCUGUCCAUCCAUAUUCCUCUUCGUACACACCAUUUGAUACACCAAAAGUGGAUCGAGUGCGAUCUAGCCCAGUAGAUGAACCCUCGGAGGGCUUUCAGGAUGAAUUUACUGGAUCCUGUGAUCCUGAAUGUAUUAAUGGAUGCGAUGGACUUGGACCUCAGCAUUGCAUCGAUUGUUUGCACUUUUUCCUCAAGUUUAAAAACAACACCAGGACCUGUGUUCCCGAAUGCCCGCGGGGAUUUUAUGAUGAUGAGAAAAGAAGGUGUAAAAAAUGCUGGUCAAUCUGUGAGAAUUGUGUAGGGAGCCGUAGCGACCAGUGUAUCUCCUGUAAAAAUGGCUACCACUUGAAUGAGGAGACUAAUGUCUGUGUGACUAAUUGCCCAGAGUCCUUCUACCUCGAUAAAAAUGGAAAUACAUGUAGGAGAUGUAGCGAAAACUGCCGGAGGUGCAAUGGAUUUCAAUUCUGUACAGACUGCAAGCCGGGUAUGAGUUUGCAGGGAACAAAGUGCGUCUUCAGCUGUGCAGAUGGGAGCUAUUACAACUCACAGAAAAGGGGCUGUGAACGAUGUCACUUUUCCUGUGCAACAUGUGCCGGCCAAGGCCAGGAGUCAUGUACAAGGUGUGCACCAUCUUUUUAUAUGGAAGAUUGGAGAUGUGUACUGAGCUGCAGUGUUGGCUACUUCUUAGAUCAGCCAUAUGAAAACGCAGAAAAGACUUGCAGGAGGUGUGAUCCUAGCUGUUCAACUUGUAUUGGUCAUGGAGAGAGGAACUGUAGCACCUGUCCUAGUGGAUACAACCUUGAGGACGGAGCUUGUGUGCUUGGCACCGUUUGUAAAGAUGGUGAAUAUAUUGAUGAGAAAGAAAAGUGUCAACAAUGUGAUUUCGUCUGUGAUAAAUGUUCUGGUCCAGGUGAAGACAAAUGCAUCAGUUGUGUUGUAACAAGAUUGCUUGAUGAAGGGCAUUGUGUCUUGUCUUGCCCCAUUGGCAAAUUUCAAAUCAAUGUCCAGUGUCACCGAUGUCACCACACUUGCAGGGCAUGCACCGGAGGUGAACACAAUAAUUGCCUAUCAUGUGAUAAAGAUAAAUUUGGCAAGGACCGCUAUUUUUAUGAUGGAAAAUGCAGAGAAAGUUGCCCGAAAUCUCACUAUCAUGCUGAUGAUAAAACCUGCCAACAGUGCUCCAGUAACUGUGAAGUAUGCAGUAGUGAAGCACACUGUAUAAAGUGUUCCUUAGGUUACUUUCAUACACAAAAUGGAUGCCAGCAAUUAGAUUGUCGAGUAGGUGAAGUUGCAGAUCCUGACUAUGGAGACUGUGUUGAGUGUGCAGAAGGAUGUGAUAAGUGCAUAUUGGGUGAUCCAAGUUUCUGUACAUCUUGUGUACAAGGUUACUACAGUUUUGCUCAUCGCUGUUAUACAGAUUGUCCAGCAAAGACCUACAAUAAUGAUAGCACCAUGACGUGCAUUAGUUGUCAUGAGAACUGCAUUGACUGUGAUGAGGAAGAGUGCUUUUGGUGUGAAACUGGAUUCUUCCUCAAGGAAACUGAAUGCACACAUCGGUGCCUAGAUGGUUUCUAUGGGAAUGAAGACACCGGUGUUUGUGAAGAAUGUCACUCCUCCUGUAGCACAUGUUCUGGUCCCAGUUUUAAUGAAUGUACGUCCUGCCCAAUUGGAGAAGUACUGAAUAAUAAACAGUGUCUGCAUCAUUCAACAGCCUGUUCUGAUGGGACAUUCUUUCACUCUGAAACUUUGCGGUGUGAACUGUGUCAUUCCUUUUGUAAGACGUGCACAGGAAACAAACAGAAUCAAUGUGCAAGCUGUUAUGCAGGGUUGUACUUGACUGUUCAGCAAAUGUGCGUCACAAAGUGUCCCCGACAAACCUUUGCCUCUUCGAAGACUGGAAGGUGUGAGCAAUGUGGGGAAGCCUGUGAAAUCUGCUCAGAAAGCAGGGAAAACUGUGAACGAUGCCUCAAAAUGCGAGACAGGUCAUUUUUCCUGCAUGAGGGGAAAUGUUUGAGUGAAUGCCCACAGGGAUAUUAUGUGAGUGCACGUAAGGAAUGUGAAAGAUGUGAUGUUUCCUGUCGCACUUGUGACCAGAGUCCUUCAAACUGCCAGACCUGUAAUCCCUACUACGUGCUGGACAACAAACAGUGUAAAAAGAAGUGUUCCAACAAGUACUAUGGCACCACUGAAGGAAUUUGCAAACGCUGCCCCCCAGAUUGUGAAGUGUGCACUGAUAAUAAUUGUACAGAAUGCAACCAACAUUUAUACUUGCACAAUGGUCUUUGCUUUGAGGAAUGUCCACCAGGAUCCUUUGAAGACAUUGACACCUCAAAGUGUGCCCCAUGUAAUUCCAAGUGUGCGGAAUGCAAUGGUCCUGGUUUCUUUAAUUGUGAAGUUUGUGCUGAUCAUACCUCGGUUAUAUAUGACGGGGAAUGCCAUGAAACCUGCCCUGAAGGAACUUACUUUAAUACGACAACUGAUGAUUGCCAGGAGUGUGAUAAGUUAUGUCAGAGCUGCGUGGGGGCUUCUGAAACAGAAUGCGUUGAGUGCAGAACAGGGCUGAUGAGAAACAAUGCUGGUCACUGUGUGAUGCAUUGGACCUGCCCUCUGAACAUGUACAUGGACAUAACAUGUAAGCUUUGUCACAAGAAAUGUUAUCGCUGCUUUGGACCUACAGAGCACGACUGCGUCAGCUGUGGCCACAAACACUUUUUGCUCAAUACGACCUGUGUAAAUGCAUGUCCAAAGAGCUACUUUACUGUGAUGAACAAGCAUUACUGUUUUGCUUGCCACAAGACCUGUGAGAGCUGCAGUGGAAAGUACAAUACACAGUGCCUGACGUGUAAAGCAGACUGGUACAGACUGGGGUCAGUGUGUGUCCAGACCUGUGGAUCCGGGAAUUAUGCGAAUAUGUCAACUGGAAUUUGUGAGAAAUGUCACAGAAGCUGUAAAGACUGCUUGGGUCCAGCAGAGUCAAAUUGUGCCACCUGUCAGAAGGAUCAUUUUCUGCUGAAAUCUACCCAUAGAUGCUACAAGUCAUGCCCCGAUCAUUACUAUGAGGAUAACAUAGAAAAGACCUGUGAAAGGUGUCAUCCAACCUGCAACACAUGUGAUGGUAAAGGAGCUCUUCAAUGCACUUCCUGCUUUGGGGGCUUUCAUUUGAUGGGAAGUAUUUGCGAUUCUCAGUGCUUCGCUGGACAUUACCUGAUAACUGAGGAUCCAGAAAUACUGUGUGAGAAGUGCAGUGCUGAAUGUCUGGAGUGCAAGGGCCCAGGGAAAUACAACUGCACCGAUUGCCUUCCACCCCUUGUGAUGAAUUUGGAUGGUGGCAAUUGUUUACAUUGCUGCAAAUACGUUCAGUCCAAACUUGAAGACUGCUGUGAUUGUGAUGUGAGAUUCGAUGAAUGUGUUUUAAGGAGAGCUAUAGAUCCUGAUAGUAAUGCGACAGGAAAACCAACCUUAUUCGCCAUUGCCUCAGUUCUACUCAUUUUGGGAAUUGGUGUUGGUGUGUUUCUUCUGCUGAAGGCGCGUUCAAAGGGGAAGCUCGUUAUCAGGGCGGGAUAUGAAAAACUGCCCAACCAGGGAAAACCCACACCCUUCUAUAAUGCAAGCAAAGACAACGUGACCAUUCGGGACAGCCAAGUGAUCGAUUACAAAGAUCGACAGCCGGAGGUGGAUGAUGAAGACAACGAGGAUGAGGAUAUUGUCUACAUGGGCCAGGAUGGCACUGUUUACCGCAAAUUCAAAUAUGGAUUGCUGGACGAAGACGAUGAUGAUGAACUGGAGUAUGAUGAUGAAAGUUACUCUUUCAAAUGAUAAAAUGCAAUUUGAAUUAAUUUAUAUUGCUUUUCUCAAUUAAAAAAAAGUUGUACUUAAUCCAUGCGCUUAAUGUACCACCCAGUUAAGGAUACUUAAAAUGCUCAGAAUGCAGGGUUGGGUGGUUGUUGUUUGACCAGUUUUCUCUUUCCCAUUCAGUGCAUUGGUGAGGCUGUAAUUAAGGUUAAUGAACCUUGACUUAUUAACAUAUGGACCAUGCAACCAACCGUAUUGAGAGGUGCACUGAAUAUGCACUAGUCCCACUAUUCAUAUCAGGAAAUAAUGUGCUAAAAAGAAAGGAUUUCAUACAUUUAGAAGAAUAUUCCCACCAUUAUAUUACCUUCAAAAUAUUUUUUAAAAAAUAGAUUCCAUUGCCUGUAUGCAGUUUAAAUUUGAGAUAUAGGGAGAAAUUCCACCUGGGUCUAUUUUCUUAGCAUUUCAGAACAUCCAGAAUUUGGCUUAUUUCUUAGAAGAACUUAUAGAAAUGUAGGCUGUAUUUAAGAAUCUGCAAAUUUUGGACGUUCUAAAAUGCUUAGAAAAUAAAGUAAAUCUAGACUCAGGUAGAAUUUCUCCCCAGUAGUUUGUGAAAUUAAAACAACUACUAUAUUGUAUUUGAUGUUGCAUCAGUCGAUACAAAGAAGCCUCCUCCAGCCAGUAUGAUUUGUUGCCGAGGGUUUCUCAAUGUAAAAGUUUUUAUUUCCUGUUUAAAGUUACUGCUAAGUUUCAAAACAAAUACUAAUUGUGAUUACUUUCUACUAAUACCAGACACUGGAAUUUCAACUUCCUUGAAAACAAGUCUGUCCCAAAACUGUCCAGACAAGAGUAGAUUACAUUAAAGUAGAACCUCACCUAUCCUUAAUUUGUUAUUGUUGAGAAUGGCUGAGUGUCCAGAAUCGUGA